AUGACCCCAUGCCCAAGAUGGGUAAGCUUGGCAGACCAGGGUUAGGGUUAGGGGCGGUCAGAAAUUGCCGUGGGGCUGGUCGUCGAUGUAUCCCGGCAAAAGUGACGCACAAGCCAGGAACAGGACCUGAUUCAGGGUCCGGAUUCGGAUGAGCGAAUUCGCGAAAAAAGGCAAAAAAGACUCGUCGAUGAGCCAUUGAGCUCCAGCAAUGGCUUUUUGCUCUGCUUAGAUACCAGAUUAGCCCCCAUUACGCCCUCCCGUGUCUCUGUUACCACCCCGGAGCCAUGUUUCGGCGGGCAUUCCGCAGUGUCACCAGCUCGCGUGCGCCAAUAUCCGUCAAGCCAACAGCGACCCUGACCUCGACCUCGACCUCUACCUCGCCCUCACAACCCCUCGCAAACCCCCACUUCCCGACCGCCACCAUCCCCGCCGCCCGCACCAUGGCGUCGGCCUGCAAGCAACCAGAGUACGAGAAGAUCCCGUCGACGUCGAUCCGGGUGCUCCGGACCGUCUCCUCGGUGCGGCGGUGGCGGCGGCCGCACCUCCUGGACCGGCGCAGCGUGGGCCUCGUGCCGACGAUGGGGGCCCUGCACGCGGGCCACGAGUCGCUGGUGCGCGCCGCGGCGCGCGACAACGACCACGUCGUCGUCUCGCUGUACGUCAACCCGGCGCAGUUCGGCGUCGCCGAGGACCUCGACAGCUACCCGGUGACCUGGGACCGCGACGUCGCCAUGCUCGCCCGCCUCGACCGCGACCUCGCCGGCGACGGCGGCGUCCUGGGCCGCGUCAGCGCCGUGUUCGCGCCGACCACCGCCGAGAUGUACCCCUCGGGCUUCCCGGGCCAGGAGGUCGACAGCGCGGGCAGCUUCGUGACCGUCACGCCGGUGGGGUCGGUGCUGGAGGGGGCGUCGCGGCCGACCUUCUUCCGCGGCGUGGCGACGGUGUGCAUGAAGCUGUUCAACAUUGUGCAGCCGGACCGCGUCUACUUCGGCCAGAAGGACGUGCAGCAGACGGUGGUGAUCCGCAAGAUGGUCCGCGACUUCAUGCUGCCGACCGAGGUCGUCGUGGGGCCGACGAUGCGCGAGCCCGACGGCCUGGCCCUGAGCUCGCGCAACGUCUACCUCGGCGAGCGCCGCCGCCGCGUCGCCACCGUCCUGAGCCGCGCCCUGGCCGCCGCCGCCGAGGAGGCGCGCCGAGCCGGCGGCGACGCGGCGGGCCGAGACGCCGUCCUCGGCGCGGCGAGAAGGGUCGCCGACGGCGUCGCGCGGGAGCAGGCGCUGCUCCCGCCCGAGGAGAGGGUGCGGUUCGAGGUCGACUACAUCUCCCUGGCCGACCCGGACACGAUGGAGGAGCUGGACGGCGUCGAUCCGGCGAGGGGCGCCAUCCUGAGCGGCGCGAUCAAGAUGCUCCCAGUCGAGGCGCCGCGGGAGGGCGAGGAUCUCGGGCACAGCGGUGGCCCGGCGGUGAGGCUGAUAGACAACAUUAUUGUCAAGCCGGCGGCUCAGGGUUCAUAA